CCCGCCAAUUCAGAGCUGGAGCUGGCUGUGUGAGCCGAGCGGGUCCGAGCCGAGCCGAGCCGAGCCGGGGCUAAAGCCAGCGAUAAAACACAGACAAAACCGGACGCUGCGGUAUGAGAUAGCUCCGCUGGGCAGCGGCUUGUUGAGACGCCGGGUCCUUGUGAGCGGAUAAACAGGGUUUUUUUUGCCCACCUGUGGGUUUGUUGUAACCCGGUGUCCCGGGGCGGCGGACUGACCCGACAGGAGGAAAAGUAUGGAGUGUAAAGCUAAAUCCGGUGCUGCAGCAAAGAAGUUAGUUCAAGCUCGUCUGCCCUUCAAGCGCCUGAACCCCGUCCCCAAGGAGAAUGGGGAGUCUGUGGAGCUCAAGAAACCCCGCCAGCACGGCCCUUCCAGCGCCCCUAAACAGCACCUCCACACCUCCGCCAGCGACGUGGAGAACGAGCACUACCCCUCCCUGCAGCUAGAGGCGCCCUCUGCAGACACGCUGGUCAACGGCAGGGGGCCGCUGGACACAUUCAUGAGCCGGGCUGGAGGGAGGGGCGGGGGCAAAGGGAAGAGCACGGACACUCCCUGCCUGACCAUCGACCUCACUGAGGACUCCAACUCUGCCCCCUGCCCAGCAGACCACACUGCUGUGAGAGAGAGCAAACUGAUCCAGGACAGCACACAGAGAGAGGACGAACUGAACCAGGACAGCACACAGAGAGAGGACGAACUGAACCAGGACAGCACACAGAGAGAGGACGAACUGAACCAGGACAGCACACAGAGAGAGGACGAACUGAACCAGGACAGCACACAGAGAGAGGACGAACUGAACCAGGACAGCACACAGGCUGGGACGCUGCCUAGCAGGCGGGCUUGUCCCCCAGCUGACGUUGCCAUGGAAACCAGUGCAGCAGACCAAUCGGACUGCGAGAUGGAGAUAAGUGUGAACGGAGACCUGGAUUCCUCCAGCAACACUGACAAGAAAAUCAGUAGCAAGGCAAAGAGGACUCCCAGAGCAGGGCCAGAGCCUGGGGAGCAGCACAGGGAAGGGACGGCCGAGGAGGGGAACCCUCUGAGGACUGAGAGUCUGGAUGAGAGUCGGGUGACAGAGGAGACGGAGGAAGAAGAGCUGAGUCCAGAGAACGACUCCCUCCUGUCUCCCUCCUCAGUCAGCUCUCUGUCCGCUGCAGAGAGCUCUCCCGAGGGGGGCAGGAGCACGGGCUCCCACAGCGCCAGCACUCCCACGCACAAGCCGCAGACUCCAAAGAUCAAGGGAAGCACAGAAGAAAAAGCAAAGAGGCGUUCGCUGAAGGACCAGGAGCGCGAGGACAAGCGCAUCAAGCUGCAGGCGGAGAAGGAAGAGAGGGAGAGAACGAGGGAGGAGGCAAAGGCUGCCAAGGAGCGAGCGAAGGAAGAGGCGAAGAAGAGGAGGGAGGAGGAGAAGGAGGCCCGGGAGAAGGAGAAGCGAGAGAAGAGGGAGAAGGAGGAGAGAGAGAAAGCUGAGAAACUGCUUGUGAAAGAGGAGAAGCGGAAAGAGAAGCAGGAGGCUCUGGAAGCCAAGCUAGAAGAGAAGCGUAAGAAAGAGGAAGAGAAACGGUUGAAGGAGGAGAAAGAGCGUGUGAAAGCAGAAAAAGCAGAGAUCAGGAGGUUCUUCCAGAAACCCAAGACCCUACAGGCUCCCAGGACUCUGGCUGCAGCCUGCGGGAAGUUCGCUCCCUUCGAGAUCAAGGAGAACAUGACUCUGGCACCCCUGACUCGGGUUCUGUGUGACCAGGAGGUUCUGGAGCAGCUGGACCAGUACCUGCAGGCACCGGACCGGUCUGCAAACGGGCUUCUCGAGUGGAAGAGCCGCAAGCCUCGUCGGAGCGGUCCGACCAACCCCAGAACCAGUGAUUGUGUGGUUCUGGUGGAGGGCAGCAAGCCUGAUGGAGUCCCAGCCCGAAAGGAGUGCGGCCGCAUGAAGCUGCUUCACUUCUGUGAGAAUUACCGGCCGGCCUACUGGGGCACCUGGAGGAAGAGGAGCAGCAAGAUCAAGCCUCGCAGACCCCUGAGCCAGGACAAGGAGCUCCUGGAUUACGAGGUGGACAGUGAUGAGGAAUGGGAGGAGGAGGAGCCAGGAGAGUCUCUGUCGCACAGUGAAGGGGAUGAUGAUGACGACGGGGGAGGGGAAGCUGCAGGGGACGAUGAAGAUGAUGACGGCUUCUUCGUUCCCCACGGUUACCUCUCUGAUGGGGAGGGGGCGUCGGAAGAGGAGUCUGCGGACCCAGAGAACCAGAAGGUGCGUCAGAAGCUGAAGGCGAGGGAGUGGGACGAGCUGCUGUCGAAGGGCAGGGUGAAGGUGCUACAGGCUGUGGUGCUGGGCUGCGUGUGGGAGUGCGAGGGGCCCCCCGAGGACACGGUGCUGAGGACCCUGCGGGACUAUGCUGUGUGUGUGCUGGACACGCGGCUGGGGGACGAGGCGGGGACCCCCGAGAGCAUGAGCAAAGAGAAGAGGGACGAUCACAUCCUGUCCCAGAUGCUGCCCCUGCUCCACGGUAACGUGAACGGCAGCAAAGCCAUCAUCCGGGAGUUCCAGGAGUGCUGGCGCGGGAGAGCGGGGCUGCCCAGCCCCCCGGACUCUCUGGCAGGCAGCAGCGAGGACAGCGUGCCCUCGAAAUACCGUCUGAAGCGGCUGAUCUCGGAGAGCGCGGUGUACGAGAAGCGGCCGGCGCUGCGGCGCUGGUGCUGGUACGUGCACGAGGCCGUGCUGAAGAGGUUCUCUCAAGAGGAGCUGCCCGUGCCCUGCCAGUGGAGCUACAUCACCCAGGUGCCCUACACAGGCAGGGAGGAGGCUGGCACUGCGGGCACGGGAGGGGGCAGCACACACAGCACCCCCCUCUCCUCGUCAUCGUCACUGGCAGCGUCCGGCUCUGCCAAGAGGAAGCAGAAAGGCAGCAUGUCCAUCACCAAGUUCAUGAGGAAAUCGAAAGGGGCCGAGCAGCAGUCUGAAGGGAUGGAGACAGACGGGUUCCAGGCUGACACAGAGGAGGAUGAGGAUGAUCCAGACUGCGUGAUCAUACAGAGUACAGACUCUAAGCAGAGCUGUGCUGACAGUGUCCAGAUGGAAGUGGUAUCCUCCAGCCCCUCUCCUGCAGCCCCUCCCUGCCCCUCUGCCUCCAGAGUCUGAACCCUGGCAUUUCCAUUCUGACGUGUUGUUUGCACGUAGGCUGUUAUUUUACUGUGUUCGUGUGUGUGUGUUUUUUAUAUAUAUUAAACGUUCUUCCGUGUG